ACCGCGAGUCGUCACGUUUUGACUACGCGAGCGCGUGAGGAGACUGCAACGCCCCGACUUUCAGAGAGCGGGAAAACGGUCUGAUUUGAAUUUGAGAACGCGAAAGAAAGAGAGACGCAGCGCAAAAGGCAGAUCUAAUUUUCUGUAAUGUUUCGGUGGAAUGUUUUCAGAGAUGGAAGGAUUGCAUGGAAUGAAGAGGAAGCAACUGCAAGCGCUGUGCAAGAAGCAUGGCGUGCCGGCGAAUUUGACGAAUCGUCAAAUGGCCGAUAGGCUUAGUUUGCUUCUGAAGGAAGAAGGAAAUCCCAUAAUCCAAGGUCAGUCAUGCUCGAAUGAUUUGGGGGAAAUAAGCUGUGAAAAUGAAUCUAAGGUUGUGAAUAAGAAUGCGAAGAAAGUUACGUUUAGUCCUGAGAAUGAAACAUUUAUAUUUGCGGGUUCGGGCUCGGAUUCUGAUUCGGAUAAAGACUACACUCCGGUGAAGAAACGGGCGGGAAGGACAAGGUCUACAGUGAAUCAUGUGCCGAAAAAGCAGGUUCAAGUUGUUGAAAAUGCAGGGGAAAUGGGAGUCUCCGGGAAACUUACGGAUGGACCGGUUAGAAUUACAAGGUCUAGAGCGCAAGACGUGGUUCAAGAAGAUGCGAUGCCAUUUGUUCCGAAGAAGAGACCGAGAAGAUGUGGAAAGGUUGAAGGUAUGGAGGUGACAGACGUCGGGGUUAGUGAUAAACCUCCUCCGGAUGUAGUUUUGGGUGAUAAUGUUGCUGGUGUCAUAAAUGCUCAUGAUAUGGUAACGAGAGGUUCGAGGAAGACGAGGAAUGCUAGAGGUAAUGAUGGGGUUGUUUUGUUGAAUGAAGACAAUGGUAAUGUGGGAGAAGGUGCUGAACAUGAGAAAAUGGCGAGCCGAUCAAGACGGAAUGUGACGAAGGAGAAAGGAUCUGCUGCACUGAGUAGGGAAAUGGAGAAAGUUGAAAUUGUUGGUAAGAUGACAAGGUCCCGGACUCAGCUUGACGGAAAAGCUUCUGCAGUUGCUGGUGGAACUAAAACUGUUGAGGUUCAGGAAGAAUGUGAAAUGGUUCUUCAACUUGAAGAACCUUUGAAGGGUUUAAGAAGAGAAGGUUCGAAGCGGAAAUCUGUUGCACCACAGAAGGGAAGGGUGAAAAGCAAAAUUCUUGCUGGGGAAGGUGCCGAACCAGGAAAAGUUCUGAGGCGCUCAAAACGAAAUGCGACAAUUGACAAAGACUCUGAACUGUUGACUGGGGAUUUAAGGAAAAUUAAGGCUUUUGAUAGUGAGAGUGAAACCCUUGUAGAUCAGGAAGAAUGUGAAGAGGUUCCUCAACUUGAAGAACCUCUGAAAGGUCCAGGUGCUAUUGCAUCUAGGCAGGACUCUGUUGUGUCCCAGAAGGCUGAAAAGGUAAGGAAGAGACCGCUGCCUAAAAAGGAGACCAGAAAACGAUCAAGGAAUGCAGAUGUGGAAAGAGCUUCUGAAGUUGAACCAAGUGUAGAACCUACGAAAGAAAAUGAGAAGGAACAUUUACUGAAUGGUCGUCCGAGGAGGUCCAAACGCAACACAUUCAACUCUGGUGCUCCCGCGGUUGGAGACUUGGGGAGUCAUGAAACUGUUGGAAUUAAGCAGUCAAGAGAAUCACUUCAAGAAGGAAAGUUUUGUGCAGCUGAAGAACGCCUGAGGAGGUCCAGUCGGAAUGCUUGUAGAAACAAUUCAGUUUUUAUCUCUGAUGAAGUGGAUGGAGUUGCUGAUGGAGCAAGAAAGGAUGGGCAAAUGAAGCGAAAACGCAAGCCAAACCGGAAAGAAGAAUGUUCAGUUAUUGAGAGUGAACAUUUAAUUGAAAGAUCUUCAAGACGAUCCACGCAUAAUGCGUUGGAAAGUGAAUUGGUUGCACCUGCAGCACUGACUUGUAAAGCUGUUGAAAUAGAGCAACAGAACAGCCCACAAUCGAUGAUAUUAGAGGACGCUCCAUCUUCCAAAAGCACUUUGGCCCUUGAAGGUCCUCCAAUUGUAGCUACUGGGUUGUUGGGGAUUCUGGACACGGUAGGACACCAAAUUGAUACAGACUCAUGCUGCAUUGAAGAAAUUCCAGGAAAAUCUAUAGAGAAGCAGAAGGGGCUUCAUUUCUUGGAGGUCUCUGCUGUAAAUUCUGACUUGAAGGAAGUCAUGGAUAGAACUAUUACCAUGGAGGAAACUUUGCUUCCAGCACCGGUGAAGUUACAUGGUGUUACCACAGACCAAAGUACUAAAAAUGCUGCUACUGAAUCUGUGGUUGUCAAUGAGAAGGACGGCAUUUUACUAGAUGUCAAAGGGAAAUUACCCUUGGAUGAUAUUACUGACGGUGACAUGGAUGAUCGGUCAUGCCCGCUGAACAGCAGAGGAGAGAUUCCUGAUGACGAUUUGGUUAAACCAGAGCCAGCGGACUUCCAAAAUAUAGUUAGGAACGUGGUUUCCUCUAGAAAUGCCUCUCCUGCUGAUUGUGAAGCUUCCAACCUCUCGGAUUUGAAAAGAAGAUUGGAAAUAGAAGAACCAUUGAUAGGUGAAAACACGAACCUCAGAAAUGAUAAGGAAGAUAACCAAACAUCAGUUCAGGAGGAUCACAACCUAGAAGAUGCUAAUGAAAUUGCUAAACCAACUAUUCAAGAGUUAGUUGCUGAAGAUCAUCAGAGUGAACUUAGGGAAAGUAUAGGUUCAAUCAGAAAUAUUAAACAUACCUCAGAGAAAGCUGACAAAAUUAGUGCACUUGAUUUAUUUGAAGGAGAGGAAAUUGCCCCAGCAGAAAUAUUUGUAGGGGCCGCUGAAAUGGAGCAAGCUAUUCCAGACUCCAAUCUACUUACUGCUGAAACUGAUGAAGGAACAAGUGGCCACAGUGCUACAGUUGCAACUCCAUUUAGACCUGGACCAGAACCUCAGGCAGUGUCAGGUAUUAGCAACGAAGUGAUUGAUCACUCUCUCCAUACUUCCUCACCAGAGAAAGAUGCCCUAGAAGAAGAAGAGAAUCAGCCUGGAGCCCAAAGCGUUGGACAAUCCACCACAAUGAUUGAAAGAAGCAACAAAAAUCAUGUUGGAGUAGAAAAAUAUUCUGGUGUGAUGGAAAUUCCUAAUGAAACAAUUUGCACAGAUGAAACUUCAAUAAGAGCCGAAAUGGAGAAAAGGACUGUGCUGAACAUGACAAAUGAAAACGAGAAUGAAGAGGCAUUACUUAGUGGAGGCGGCUCACCAGCUUCUGAUGAAGAUCUUAUUAACAGUAGUUUUGAACAAAAUUUAAGGAUGGAUGGUGGUUUCCUUUCUGAUUUAGACAAUAGAGAUUGUCAGGCUGCUGAGGAGAAAGAAAAUGAAGUCUCAGAUGGAAACUUUGAUAAAUUUUCUGAUGCAACUAGAGUGAGCUGUAUGCAUCAACUUUCUUCUGGCGGAAGAAUUAGUCCUAUUAUCCCAGAAGAGAGGGAUACUGGGAGAAUUGAAAAUAUUUCCACCACUAUUCUUGGAUUACAAUCUCCUGGUUCUGCCAAAAAGGGCAUCUCCUCUUGCGAGCCCAGUUGUCUGAAAGACAAUGUUGAACAGGAAGAAGUCGCUUAUUUCGGUGAUAAAAAAAUGUCCUCUUCUAUGCAAAAUUUCUCAGUAGACAACGAAAUGCAAGAAAAAGAAGGUAUUCAUCUUAAAGAUCAAUUUGUAUUAUCAGUAAAUAACAGAAAUGCUAUUGGGAGAGGUGUUGCUUUGUUGCAUGAAGCUGAAAACUCAGUUUUAUCCACUGUUAAGGUUGUUGACACUGCAGAGGAGAAAAGAGAGACAAGAAGUGCACAAACUGAUUCGAAGUAUGAAAAACCAAAGGAUGCUGCCAAAAAAGGGGUAAAAUCAGUACCUUUGACUCAUUUUGCACUCGAGUUGCAAGGUGGAAACAAGAAUGAAACUGCAUACGUGCAAAAUAUUUUGGAUGACGCCUUAAGCCCAGAAAGUGUUGAAGCAUGCAGUGAUGAGAGAAGUGCAGAAGAGAAAGCUACUUCUGAUUUUCAUGGUGGUAAGGCAUUUUCAUUGGUGGCAUCAACUGCAAUGACUUGUCCAGAACUAUUUUUGGAGAACCUUUUUGAUUAUGAAGAGGGGGUUACAUCAAAAAACAGCUGUGUGGAGCCUCUUGAUGAUAUGUCUUCACGUAAAAACUGUAUGGCCAAUGCUGAAGAACUGAAAGGAGAAUCAUUUAUUGAGCAGCAUGAUCAUGUGGGAAUGGAGGAAAAUACGGAGUGUUCUCAGCAAGUUGAACUUGGUGACCAUGGUGGUUGGGAGGUGAAUCAGAGUGCUGAUUCAAAUGCAGUUGAGAAUAUUUUUAGAGAAAGCGAUGUUUUUGAGAACACUGUUGAAAUGGUGAAAGUCAUUGGAGGAAUUGACAAAUUGAAGGAGGAAGGAAAAAGUCCGGCAGUUUUAGAAAGAGGGUCUGAUGCUGUGUUCAUAGAUGAUGCUUUCCAACAAGUUACUUCAGGGGAGUUUGGUGAUCAUUUUGUUGAAGGGGAAGUUGCUGAAUUCAGUGAAAGUACUGAUCAUGAUAACAACUGUCCAAGUAGUGCGGUUGUACCGAAAGAAAUAGCUUAUACAGUGACCUUGGAAAAAAUGGGAAGGACUCAGCCACCUGCUACUCCAGCUAAGCACGAGAAGCCAUUCGAUGGUUGUGGGAAUGAAUUUCCAAAGAUUGAUGCCACAACUGUGUCUCCUUCAAAUGAAGUCCUAUUUAAAGAUCAUGAGGUUCUAGAGGAGACAUCAAAUGAAGUUGUACAUACUGUUUUGCAAGUGGACGAGGUGAGGUUUGGAAAUCUUGACAAUCAAAAAGUAGAAGAUUCUCCAGAGUUGGAUAAAAGUGCUUCCAUUGGCUCAGAUGGUCCUGUGUCCAUUGAUAACAAGCCUGCAGAUAGAAGUGAUAAUUUUGGAACUGUAGAUGAAGAUCAAGAACUGAAUGAUGAUGACAGUUUUGAAGCUCAGAAGGAAGACCGUGAUGAUAAUAUACAGUUUAUUCCAGAAGAUAAUGGUGAUGGCUUGGUUGAGAAAGAACGUGGUGAGAAUGACAGUGAUUAUGAUGUUUUGUCAGAUAAUUUCCAUGAAAUCACAAUGGUUGCCGCAGAUGAAGCUAGUGAAGGAAGUAUUGGAAGAAAAAAGGAUUCUGAGAAAGUCGAGGAUGGUGCUAAGUGGGUGGAGAACACACCUGUUUCUCUGCAUUUAUUUGAUUGUUCCAGUAAAUGGGGUGAGAAAGACACUGAAAAAACCAAUUCCUUUGCUGAUACCUCUUGUGGCAAACCCGAAACACAUUCAAGUAGCAUAAUUGUCUCAUUGCCGAGAGUUUCUUCAUCACAUGGAGAUGAAAAUAGGUUCGACAUUUUUAUUGAGUCAAACAGCUAUGAUGCAAAAGGAAAGGAGAUGACUGAUGAUGGUAGAGCAGAUACUGAAAUUUCAGUGGAGGAAAGUGUAGAGGUCCAGCAAAAUGAAGGUCUAGUGGAUGCUACAGUGGAAGUUAGUGCGACAUUUUCUAGAAAAUUUACUGAAGAGGAACUUGAUGGCCAAAAUGGUGCAGUAAUACAUGCUGUUCAUAAUGACAUUGAUUAUUUGACUUUAAAUGAACCUUUAUGUGGCAAUAAAAGGAGUAAUGUUGAUGAGACUGAGGAAGCAUUUAGUUUCAAUACGCUUGAUGUCAUGAUCGUUAGCGGUGAUGACUCUGGCGGAUGUGCAGGUUCUGAAAAGUUGCAUGUUAUUACUUCAGAGAAAUUUGAAGUGGGUGCUAAUCACAUUGCCCUUUCACCAGUUAUUGCUUUGCCGAGUUUUGGAACCGAAGAGAACAGAUCCUUGGAGUUCCAUCUUGAUUCUCACAUUUUUACCAGUUGGGAGAUGAAUUUGAUUUCAGGGGAUGGAGAACAGGGUAAUGCAGAAAUAUCAAAUGGAACACUGGAAGCCAAUCUGAUAAGUAAGCACGAUGAGAAUUCUGUGAAAAUGAACGAAAAUGCAAUGAUUAGUGAAAAAGAUAAACAAGAUUCUGAAAAGCUUCUUGGGGAGCUUGAGCACCAAGCUCAUUUUGCCGAUUCAGAUGAGCCAAUUUUUAGAGAUGGUGAUAGAUCAAAUGUGCAAGAUGAUAUCUCUGCCAUUGUUCAAGAGCAUAUUGAUUGUAAGAAUUAUGAAAGUUCUUGUGUUUCCAUGCAUUUGAUAGGAGCUGCUGAAAUCAAUUGCUUCAAUAACGCUUCAGGCAGGCCCAUGGCAGAAAGCACUCCUGACGAAGCUGACAUUGGUUGUCACUCUGUUGAGGAGAAACUUGUUUGUGUGAAUUACUCUGAACAUGAUGUUAUACUGGAUCAUACUCAUGAAAACUUUGGAGUUGUAACAGAUCAAGCUAGUGAAACAAGCAUGGAUGCAACUACUGAUUCUGAGAAUAUUCAGGAUGUCAAUGAGUGUGUUGAAAAAGCACAGAUUUCUCCAAACAGAACUAACAGUGGCACUGAAAAGGAUGAAAAAAAUCCUUCAGAUGUCAAAAUAUCUGUUGAAAGCUCUUGUGGCAGGCCUCAAGUGGGUCGAAGUUGUGAUACUACUCUGUUGGGUGUUUCAUCACUUCAUGGAGAGGAAUAUGAAUCCGGCGUAUACUGCAAGUUUUUUAGCAAUGAUUCAGAAGGGAAGGAGAUGGCCAAUGAAGACGGAGAAACUAAAGCUUUGGAGUUGAAUAAUGACUCUCAUGCAUUCACCAGUUGGGAGAUAAAUUUGUUUUUGGGUGACAGUGAACAAGAUGAAGUUGAGAAAUCAGAUGGAGGGGCCUCAGUUGCCAAUCCGAUGAGUAAGAAUAGUGAGGAUGCCAAGGAAGUGGCACAGAAUGUGGUUAUUACUGAACAAAUUGCUGAAGAGAAACAUGGUGAUCACGAACAUCACAUGGCAGAGGAUGUUUCACAGAUGGAGGGCACUCACCUUGCUGUCUCAGAUGAGCCCAACUGUCAAAAUCAUGAUGGAUCAAAUCAGCAAGGUGAAGUUGCUGCCAUCACCCAAGGGAAUGUUGGUGGUUGUGAGAAAAAUUACGGGCUUAUUAAGGUUGAGAGUUUAAGUAAUUUAAAAUAUUCUGAAAUACUGAUGGAUGCUGCUGAGAUCAAUGGCAGUAAUCGUGUUACUGCAGAUGAAGCCAUGGUAGAAUGUGGUCACAAUGAAUUGAAACAAGUAGAAAAUAUUGCCAACCCUGGCGCUGAAGACAUUAAUUUUUCAGCUGAAAUGGAUGAUUAUGAGCAUAUAAUAGCAGUGGAGUUGGGCCAAGAUCUGCCAAAAAUACAUGUAACAAUGGAAGAAAUAUCUCCUGCUUCCACAAAUAUGGUUGUUGAUAGAGACAUUGCUGCUGAAGUUGCCCAGACUCCACAACUGAAGUCGGGGUCACCAAAAAAGAUGAGUCCAGAUAGACCGUUGAAUUCUUCAAUGGUGAAAGGAAGCAAGUGUAAAACUAGUCUGAUACCAAGAGCACCCAAGAAUCUGCUCAAAACUUACAAUACGAAAGAGAACACGCCAAGCACCAAGAAUGAUCAAAUCGGUAACAUUACAGCAGUGAAACCAUUGCCAAAAAGGCGCCCAUUGGAUGAUCUCCAAAAUAAUUAGAUUCAAUUGGUCCGGCUUGUGAAUUAAUUUUUUGCGAGUAAUGGAGUUUGUAUUAUUUAGUGCAUGGCAUACCUUAUGCAGUGUAGUGUGUAGUGUGUAGCAUUUCAUUAACAUUUAACAGUACAUUUUUAUUUUUAUUUUUAUUUUUUAUUUUUGGUAUUUUUUUGGGUCUAUUGUACAACAUUUUUCAAUGUGCACAUAUUGGGCUUGCGUGAUUCAA